CAUCGGUAAGUGUCUUCGAUUUCACUACAGUUGUAAAUAUGGCGCGCAUAGCAACGUACGUGUUCAUCGACUUAGAAACUACCGGGUUACCGCAGUAUGAGUAUAAUAAGACGAGGAUCACUGAGCUCAGUAUGGUGGUAGCGAGUCGCCGGCACGUGCUGGACACGACGCCGGGCGCCGCGCCGCGCGUGCUCGACAAGCUCACUAUGUGCUUCAACCCGCGCAGGAUGAUCCACCCCGAGAGCACCAAGACCUCAGGACUGUGUAACGACCUGCUCGAGUACAAAACAGACUUCAAUAUACAUGUGUUCAACAUUAUCAAUGGUUUCUUACAAUGUCAAGAGAAGCCAGUCUGCUUGGUAGCAGAGAAUGGUCUUUAUUUUGAUUUCCCCAUCUUGAAGAAUCAUUUUGAUAAGUUAGGAGUGACUUUAUCCGAUGAUAUCCUGUGCACAGAUAGUUUAUAUGCUUUUUACGAUAUACUUAAAAGCAAACAGCCUGUUAACAGUGUAAGCAACACUAAUGGAACUGUUGUUGACAACAUAAGCAGUGAUUUAAAUAGUGAUGCGUCUUGUAGCCGAAACAACAAUGACCAGACCAGUGUGGAGUCAGAAGACAAAUCCUUUACAAGACCUACAGAGUGCAUAAGUAAUGGGAGUGAAAUACAAUUGGAAAAGUCAGUAAUCGAUGCUGUACUACAAGAUGAAUUCAAAGAAUUGGAUGCUCAAGCAAAAAUGCAACAACAAAACGAAAGAACUCCUCGAAAACGGAAAAAUCCCGAGCCGAAAAACAAGUAUGAGAAAAUCAAACGCAAAAUUUUUUUUCAAGGUGACAGUAAGCCAACUGUGUCACAUAAGCUAAAGAAUAUCUAUGAGCGAGUGUUGGGGAGGCCGGCCAUAGAGGCCCAUCGCGCUGAGAAUGACUGCAUCAUGGCCAUGGAGAUUGCGGUGGCCUUAGCUAAGCAGUUUGUGCAGUGGGUGGACUUGGACGAUAACCACUGCAAGUUCAAUGAUGUUAGACAAAUGACUGUUGGUGUUCCGUUAUAGUAGUAAUCUAUGGUGUAUGUUAUGUUCAGUGUGCAUUUAGACUUUUUUUAUUGCAGGCUUCGUUUCUGUGUUAAAUCAUGUAAUAUUAUUUACUGCACAUUUUAUUAUUGAAAUCUAUAAAAAUCGUGUUUUUGUUUCUAAUUUGCCUACAUAGAUGUGUUCUUAGCAAACGUCAAGUACUAAUAAUAUAAUUAUACUGAAGAAAAUGUAAUACUAUUAUUGGCUCGCAUUGUUUAUAUAAACAUAACUUGGUGUGGUAUUAAAUGUAAGUCUCGUAGAUUCGUCAGUCAAAAUUGAUCUCUGUGUGUUAGCCAAUCUGGGUAAUAUCUCGAAUUAAUAAGAUAAUUAUACAAUUGAAAUAAUAUUAUUUUCAAUAAUAAAUUUAUAUUUUAUUAAACACUGA